AACCAAAAACAGAAAUAAAAACAGCUGGUUCCCCAGCUCAAUAGGACAGGGAAGGCCAUCGUUCCGGAGCACCAGAGUCACGGACGGUGAUGGCCUAUUGUCCCGUCUGUUAAGACCAGCCAUCCGAUUGGCAAGCGUGGCCGCUUCGUGAGCAUCUCAAUUCGCUUCACGGAGAAUCCAUUCCCAGGAGACUUGAUCGAACAACAUGGCGCCUCUUCUGAUUUCAUCGAUGAUAGGGGAAGUUUUCCAGUUUCUGCAUGGAGUUCGUUAUACUAAACUAGCAGGUGUCAACGAAGAAGGCCAUGGAGAAGAAACAUCAACAGGAACAUGUUGUAAGAUACUAUUAGACGUUGAGGAGGCUAAGGAACAGGUCUUGUUUUCGUUGCCAGCAAUUCUCACCAAUUUAUUCUUCUCCUUGAUCACAUUGGUGUCUGUCAUGUUUGCUGGCCACCUUGGUGAGCUUCCCUUAGCUGGUGCAACCUUGGCCAAUUCAUGGGCCAAUGUUACAGGUUUUGCAUUUGUGGUUGGAUUAAGUGGAGCUCUUGAGACACUUUGUGGGCAAGGGUUUGGUGCAAAGUCAUAUAGAAUGUUGGGGAUUUAUCUACAAGCUUCUUGUAUCAUAUCUUUCCUAUUCUGCUCCAUCAUAUCUGUAAUUUGGUUGUAUACAGAACCAAUACUUAUUUUCCUCCAUCAAGAUCCUCAAAUUGCAAAAUCUGCAGCUCUUUUCUUGAAAUUUCUAAUUCCCGGAUUAUUUGCAUAUGGCCUCCUGCAAAACAUCUUGAGAUUCCUUCAGACACAAUCCAUCUAUGUCAUGCCAAUGGUCUUCUCCAUGAUCUCCAUUGUAAUUCAUAUUGCCAUCACUUAUGGUUUAGUACAUUGGACAUCUCUUGGUUUCAAGGGAGCUCCACUAGCAGCUUCAGUUACUCUGUGGAUAUCGGUUCUUAUGUUGGCCUUCCAUGUUAGUUUUGCAAAGAAUUUUGAGCAUACAUGGGAAGGAUUUUCAUUAGAACCAUUCCAAUAUAUCAUGACUGGUUUGAAACUUGCCCUUCCGUCUGCAACAAUGGAAUGUUUGGAGGAGUGGGCUUUCGAGAUUCUUGUGUUUAUGGGAGGAUUGAUGCCAAACUCGACGAGAACAACUUCACUACUUGCAAUGUGUGUGAACACACAAGAAAUUGGUUACAUGGUUACAUAUGGCCUCAGUGUUACUGCUAGUACAAGGGUGUCAAAUGAAUUGGGGGCAGGCAACCCAGGUCGAGCAAAGAAUGCAAUGCUUGUGACUCUUAAGCUCUCACUGAUUCUUUCUUUCACAAUUGUUCUGGCUUUGACAUUUGGUCACAAUAUCUGGGCACGCUUCUUCAUUGACAGCAGUUCAAAUUAUUCAGUACUGAUAGAGGAUUUUGCUUCUAUGACACCACUUCUUGCAGUUUCAAUAAUUCUUGAUUCCUUGCAAGGUGUCUUUUCAGGUGUGGCAAGAGGAUGUGGGUGGCAGCACUUGGCUGUGUAUGUGAACUUGGGAACAUUCUACUUUAUUGGCAUGACAAUUGCUGGUCUUCUUGGAUUUGAGUUCAAACUUUAUGCCAAGGGCUUAUGGAUUGGUUUAAUCUGUGGUCUCUUCUGUCAAGCAAGCACACUGUUGUUGAUUACACAGCUCAAGAAAUGGACAUCUGAUUUCUCUCAAAAUCCCAAAGAAAGAGAACCAAUUUUGGAGCCUAGCUACAUAAGUGUGGCAUAGAUCUAUGCCUCAUAAAUUGUAAAAUGUUGAGUUACUAUGCUUUAAAAGUUGGCUUUUUAGUUCACAGUUCAAUUCAAAAUAUUUUUGGUU